AUGAAGGAACAUUUCUUUCGUCCCACCACGAUAAGAUAUGAUGGUAGAGAGCUGACGGUCGACGAGUUCUUCCAAAGAAAUGCAUCCAACAUGUGGGGAAGAAACUACGUAUUCGCUGGCCACAAUGGAGUAGAGUAUGUGUGGAAGAUGGAGGUCGACACGGUCAAGCUGUUUGUCAACGACUGGAGAAAUACCCUCGUUGCCCACUUUCACCAAAGGAAUUUGGGGCUCAUGCACCAAGCUCGUCCCGCAUACUUGGAGCUUUUUGGAAAUUUAGACGACCGUACGGUAGACCAGAUUAUUGUCACAUUCGUCUAUGUGGAGAAGUAUCGCAGGGAAUGUGACAAUUGGGAUGCUAUUUGA